AGGGCGCGUUAUGGACGAAUGGUACGGCGGGUCAGUGAGUUGCUGGCAAGGGGAGCCGGGGGCCGGGAGGGCGCGUUCGGGAUGGUGGGUCGGUGAGGUAUCGGCGAGGGGAGCCAGGGGCCAGGAGGGCGCGUUAUGGACGAAUGGUACGGCGGGUCAGUGAGUUGCUGGCGAGGGGAGCCGGGGGCCGGGAGGGCGCGUUCGGGAUGGCGGGUCGGUGAGGUACCGGCGAGGGGAGCCGGGGGCCAGGAGGGCGCAUUAGGGACAAAUGGUACGGCGGGUCAGUGAGUUGCUGGCGAGGGGAGCCGGGGGCCAGGAGGGCGCGUUAUGGACGAAUGGUACGGCGGGUCAGUGAGGUGCUGGCAAGGGGAGCCGGGGGCUGGGAGGGAGCGUUCGGGACGGCGGGUCAGUGAGGUGCUGGCGAGGGGAGCCGGGGGCCAGGAGGGCGCGUUCGGGACGGCGGGUUGGUGAGGUGCCGGCAAGGGGAGCCGGGGGCCAGGAGGGCACGUUAGGGACAGCUGUACAGCGGGUCGGUGAGGUGCCAGGCUGUCCCUCUCAAUGGUUCUGUAGGAAGUUUUGCACAAAAACAGGUUCAGCAGGAUCUAAAGUGCCAUUCUGCAGGCCAAGUCCCCUCCAGGCCUACCGGGAACAGGCACCAGGGAAGGGCGCCAGGCUCUGCAUUUGCCAGGCUCCAAAGGCCUUUGCAUGGGGCUCCCAUGGCCUUACGCUCAAAGGCUGCCUUUGCCAGCCUCCGCGGCUCUCCUGGGCUCCCCUGGACAGGCAGCAUGGUGGUGGGGUCCACCGAUGAAGAACGGGGGUAGCAGGGAGGAAGAUGAAGAGCUGUUUUAGCCAUGCGGAGCUUGAUCUGACAGCUGGACCUCCCUGAGGAGACGUCACAGAGACAGGCUGAGAUUUCAGUUUGGACAGAAGGUGAGAGGUAAGUCAAGGAGACAGUAGCUGAACUGAUGUGUGUAGAUGAGAUGGCCCAGAGAUAAGGUGUAAAGGGAGAAGAAACAGAAACCCAAGACAGAGCUCUGUGGAAACCCCACAGGAUCCUUUGAAGGACACCCUGAAAGAGCAAUUCAAGAGGGGACAGAGUCUCGGGAAAUCUUAUCCUCCCUUGGCUUCAGAAGAGCAGGGCUGAUGGCGUGAAAGGCGAGGACCACGAGGAUGGAGCACUGGGUCUGAGCUGGGCUAGUAAGGGCUCAUUAGAGACUUUGCAUGGGGUUGGGGAAUGUCCUUCCUGACCUCUGCAGGCGAGCGGUCACAGCCCUGAAUGUGCUAACUGACCCUCCUGCAGCGAAACUUCCUUCUUUUGGAUUGCCCAAGACACAUGACAGCCUCCCCCGUGCCUGGUGGCUCCAGCCUUGUGACCCACAACACUUGCCCUUGUGAAAUCCAGCCCAGAAGCCAGUGUCCCCAUCCCCCACCCCAGCAAGGAGGCCUGGGGCAGGGAGGGCGAUGCCCGGGAGUGAAUUCAGCACCGUGCAAUUCAUGGCACAGCGACUGCGUCCGCAGUGGAACCAGAGAGAUGGGGGAGGCGCUCAGCAGGCAUGUACUGCACCCCCGUUGCAGCUGUGAGAGCGCUGCGCUGCAUGAGUGGCUGGGCCAGAAACCCCCAUCCUGCUGCUUACGCUGGGUGUGCUGAGGAAAGAAGAACCCGGAGAGAGGCAGCCGGGAGAGAAGGGGCCGCGAACUAGCGAGAGAAGCAGUUUGCUGGUUCGUUCUCCUGCUGUGUAACUCAACACUGGGCCUACGAGGUUCUGGAAAAAUGAAGCCCUCUGUAACCCCCAAUAAGCUGAACGCUCUAGAGAGCCAGGAAGAGCUCCUGCUGCCUGGGCAGCCGAACCGGCUUUCCCAGAAGUAUCCCCGCCGUGCCCUGCUGGCUGUGAUCCUGGUGGGCGUGCUCUUGGCCGGGAUUCUCACUCAUCUCUUAGUUUUUCUGUUCAGUUCCCCUUUGGGAAGAGGGAAAGUGGGGCAGGAUCCAGACAACACGUGUAGUGACCCUUGCAGGAUUGUGCUGGUGGAAAGCAUCCCCGAGGGAAUGGUGUAUGAAGACAACAGCACAGUGAACCCGUCCACUUUUCAGGCCUGGAGGAGCCUGCUCGGAGGUGCUAGGAACAGCUUGGACAUCGCAUCUUUCUAUUGGACCCUGACAAACGAUGACACACACACUCAGGAAGCCACAGCUGACCAAGGUGAAGAAAUCCUGGCAGAACUGCUGCAGUUACCCCAGCGAGGUGUCUCGCUGAGAAUCGCAGUCAGCAGCCCAUCCUCAAAGCAGCCCCUGGAUGACCUGCAAGCACUGGAGCAGAGCGGGGCUGCUGUCCGCAAAGUCAACAUGCGCAGGCUGACUGAUGGGGUGCUGCACACCAAGUUCUGGAUCAUUGACAAGACCCACAUCUAUCUUGGCAGCGCUAACAUGGACUGGCGCUCCCUGACCCAGGUGAAGGAGCUGGGCGUGGCUGUCUACAAUUGCAGCUGCUUGGCCAAGGACUUAGGGAAGAUGUUUGAAGCCUAUUGGGUUCUGGGAGUGCCAGAUGCCUCCAUUCCAUCGCCCUGGCCAGCCAAUUACUCCACCACGUACAACAAGGAGACGCCUCUGGAGGUGCAGCUGAACGGGACAGAUGCCGAUGUGUACCUUUCUAGCUCCCCGCCAGCCUUGUGUGCCGAGGGACGGACGGAGGACCUCCAUGCACUGCUCAGUGUCAUCGACAAUGCCAGCCAGUUCGUGCACAUCGCCGUGAUGAGCUACCUGCCAACCAUGGAGUUCUCGCACCCAAGGAGGUAUUGGCCAACUAUUGACAAUCAUCUCAGGAAAGCAGCCUACGAAAGGCAAGUCCACAUUCGACUGCUGAUUAGCUGCUGGGAGCACUCCAAGCCAGCCAUGUUUCCUUUCCUGAAAUCUCUGGCUGCCAUGCAGGACAAUAGGACGCACUACAGUGUGGAAGUGAGGCUCUUCACCAUUCCAGUCAAUGAGACACAAGCCGAGAUCCCCUACGCAAGAGUCAACCACAAUAAGUACAUGGUCACCGACAAGGUGGCCUAUAUUGGUACCUCCAACUGGUCAGGAGACUAUUUUGUCAGAACAGCAGGAUCUGCGCUUGUGGUAAACCAGAGUGACACGAAUGCCCAGGGCGAGCUCUCAGUGCGGGAACAACUCCAGGCUGUGUUCGAACGGGACUGGAACUCCCAAUACAGCAGCGACAUCAGCACCUUGGGCCAGUGGGAAGACAUCUGCAGAGGUUACUAGGAGGCUACGCCACUGAGGACUGACGGAAGGAAAUCCUGGCAUCAUAGAACAAGCUGGCUACAGCAUGUCAAGGAUACACAUCAGGGCGGCAUGGCUACCCCAGCACUGCAAACAUGGUGGGGUUGACAUGUCCCUUCUAGGGCCUGAAAAAUCCGGUGUCACCUGGUUUCUUGUUAGCCCCUUUGGUUUCUCUGCAAUGGCAUUAGUCAUUUUUUGAGCCCUGUCUCUCUCUGGAUCACAAGGACACCCCAUCUUCAAACACUAACAGCUGAGCCAGGCCAGGGAGAGUUCAUCCUUUUUUCUACCACAUCCCCGCUGCUGCUUUCCCUCUAUGCUGAACUGAGCAGGACUUUCAUGUGUAGGCCAGUGGAAUGAGCUUCCAUAGCGUCUGAUAUGUAAUUGUCCAGAUCCCCAUCAAAGGGUUUGUAUACAGGUGCCAGGAGAUGGGAGGUGCUAGAAAAGUCUAAUUUGUGUCUUUAUUUUCAAUCCAUUCGGAAGGAAGAUACAGCGAGUUACACAGGGGGGGCUAUACAAAGAACAUAUACACGGACACAGGACGGAAUUCAUCAACGUUCAGAGGGACAAGGCAUGGCCAGGGAACCAUUGAUGUCCUACUGCAGCCCUAGUUUAAAUACUUAUGCAGUAACUGAACCGAUGCCUAGGUCUUGUGCUGCCCCUCUGCCCGGGGGUGAAUUUCACCAAUGGAUCAUUUACUCUCCAUGAAUUGAUACGAUCUUCCGAAAAUUCACUCCAAGGCUGGGACCUGUAGCAGGUCUCGCAAGGAACAAGGGAAGCAUUAACUCAGUAGCUGAAAACUUGAGGAGAACAGCAAAUAGGUUUGAAUAAAGUCACCAGUUAUGGAGGCGCAUUCAGGUAAAGGCUGAGUUCCAUUUUGUACUCAAAGCAGGGAUUCAGCAUCUUUAUAUUGUAAGAAAAAUGUAGUGUGCCCUCCUCGAGCAUACUGCAUUUCCUCUCUCAACGCAGAAUGAUUCUUCUGAGAAUUUCCAUGUAAAUCCAUUUGUUAAUUCACACAUUCAAAUUAAUACACAACUGGUUCUUCUAAAAAAUUAGCCUAUGUCACUCUUUUCUUUGUCCCAAAUGAGCUGAACAGAAUAAUGUAGCUAUUUCAAACUUUCCAUAAGGUUAACAUUAAUGGAACUCUGGUGCCGAGGCUCUGUCGGAAGCAAUAGUUUGUAAUAAAGCAACAUGAUUCAGUAUUGUGAAUGGAGAGGUUAGAGAGAAGUUCAGGUAACUCUUAGCUGGGCCCAGUGUGACAGAGAGAACCUCGCCUAUCCUGUCCAGCUAGUUUGCAGCCAUGAGUCUAUGAGAGACUCAGUGCCAUUGGGAGGCUGGAGAAGUGCCAAGAACAACACAAGUUGGUCCAAUAAAAACUAUUUUCUCACCCA